AUGCUAAAGUGGGAACAUCUACUGGUUAUCGGCUUCAGAUACGGCAAUAACAGUCCUGCUCAUCUCCGAACUCUAGACCUGAAGAUUUCAAUAAACUGGGACAUGUUUUUACCCUCAAUCUCCACUCUCUCGAUCAUAGUGGAUAAAGAUGAUGGUUUUGUGGCUCGCUUGCCUAAUCUUACAAAAAUGGCUUUGGAUCAUAGCACUCCUAUCAUUUCAAUUACUGAUCUUAUCAGGUAUAGGAGAAAGAGGGAAAAACUGGUUGAAAGAACUGCAAUUUCACACUUUCCAACUAAAUGGGGUUCGUUUCAGGCUUACUGUUACCGUUCAAAACUUUAUGGAGUGGAGCCUAUUGCAAUCAUUAAGUUGAAAUGUUCCUUUAUAUAUUUGUGUGAUUGUGGCAACCAGUUAGAUUUGGCAAUGCAGUUAAUUGAGCAAGCUGGUAGAGGUGUAGUAGUUUAUUUUCAGGGUCAUGAAGGACGAGAAAUUGAACUUGGUCGUAAACUUCAGGCUUGUUUUUUGCAGGACGAAGGCCAUGACAAUGUCGAACCAAACCUAGAGCUUGGUUUUGCAGCUGAUGCUCGUGACUGUGGAAUCGGGUCUAUGUCUAAAACUGAAUACUUUACAGUAACUAUAUCAUAUAGAUCAGUUCAAGUUAAACAUUCUGCUGAUAAACAUCAAAAUCAACACUUGAAAUCUCUUUUGAUUGUUCCAACAGAUAUUGAAGGCUGUACGAAUUCACACUCUGUGCCUGAUGACAAACAACCUGGCCAAGUUCACUGGUCUAAAGGGCUAUGGUUUGGCAGUUGUUGGAUAGGUUACCGUGCUGAUUUGCAGCAAAACAAAUAA